AUGAAUAUCACUGAACUAGCGUUAGAUCCUAUCUUGGUCCCGUUUGAUGAUACGUAUAUCUUAUAUGAUCCCUCUGAUCUGUUGUCGUAUGUGCUAGUUUACUAUUCACUACUUCCGAUAGGUAUCUUGAUCUUUUACUUUUCGUGGUUCCUCUCAACGCGAGAGCUAGAAGCACUGAUCAUCGCCGGGGGGCAAGUGGCAAAUGAGCUUUUGAAUAACAUCAUCAAAAACAUCAUAAAGGAAGCGCGACCAGCUUCAUUCGGCAGCUCUUUUCAGAAAGACACACUGAGAUCUGCCCAUGGGAUGCCUAGCGCACACUCACAAUUUAUGGGGUUCUUCCUUGCUUAUUGGUCCCUGAAGCUUGUGCUACAUUGGAAAGGUAUCAGUACUGCACGGAAGUUUGGUAGCAUCGUGGCAAUGGCGCUGACCACUUUUAUGGUGGCAGUUUCUCGCAUCUAUCUGGGAUACCAUUCUUUAGCUCAAGUCAGUGUCGGCGUGGCGCUGGGCGGUCUGUUAGGCUCACUAUUUUAUUUGGCCGUUGGCAUUAUUAGAUACGUGGGGUUGCUAGACUGGCUUUUGAGCUGGCGUCUAUGUCAAAUGUUGUGGGUAAAAGAUUCAUUCAAUUGCUGUCCCUUGAGCUUGCAGGACGAAUUUAACGCUUGGAAGCUCAGAAGCGAAGGUCCAAGUCACAAGAAAGUACUCUCUUCUAAGAAAAGCUUAUAG